AGAUCGCGAAUUUCAAUCUCUGUGCAGCCAACAACGAUCCCUCAUCGUAAAGCGCCGUUUCUCCCAGUCCGUCAAAUUAUACCUCUACCUCACCGUCAAAAUGGAGAACGACAGGGGCGAGCUCGUCGACCUUUACGUCCCGCGCAAGUGCUCGGCGACCAACCGCAUCAUCAAGGCCAAGGAUCACGCCUCGGUUCAGAUCUCCGUCGGCAAGGUCGAUGAGAACGGCAGAUACACUGGUGAGAACCAGAGCUACGCCCUCUGCGGUUUCGUCCGUGCCAUGGGUGAGGGUGACGACAGCUUCAACCGCCUUGCCCAGCGGGAUGGCUUCCUCAAGAACGUCUGGAGCGCCAACCGUUAAAACUUUUGUCGGGUAAAUUUUGGGUGCGUUAGAGAUGUCUUCGGGACGGAUGGGAG